GUUGACCAAUAUAAUAGGUAGCCUAAACUGUUAUACUACAGUAGAUUGACAUAGACUAAUGAUUUUGCUGAUUGUUACACGUCUUGUUGGCUGAGGAUAAGUACAUGUGGACAGUUAUUCUAAUAUGUUCGAAGUGCACAUCAGAAUUCGGUAAGAAAGACCGCACGUCUUUGCAUUCUCGACUUCUUCAUCACUGGAACCACUCACCAAAGAAGCUAACACAGCCCGUGCACACCCUCAUUCCCCUCCCAUGUGGUUAAUGUCGAGCGGAAACAUUAUUUAAACAUUUGUUUCACUACGGAUAGUUUGAUCGUCGCACAAGGAGGAAACGUGUAUGGACGACAUUGUAGGCGUUUGUGAAGAGCAACCAUGUAUAGAAUACUACUAUUGUCCGUCUGUCCGGUUAGAAAUCGUGCAUUACAUGUGUACAUCCGCGAGGCAUGUUUAAGGUCGUCGAAAUGUGAUAUGGUUUCACUCCCCAUUUGCAGAGCUACGAAUGGAGGGGUCUUCAAUGCAUUUGGCACAAGCUCUGUCAUCCACUGUGAAAAGAAAGAGGGGCCACUCCCUCCCAAGGAAGAAAAUAGUGCAUUGAAGGAUGGUGAGCAGAAGGUAGCAGUAAAGAUGGUUGGAGAGAAGGUCAUAGAGCUACAAGAUUAUGUAAAAAUGGUAGCAGAACAGAGCGAGCAGAGAGUAGGGGUGAAAAUGGAGGGAGUAACAGAGAGCGUCAAAAUUGAAGAAAUUCUUAUACAAACAGAAGAGGUUGAGAAAAAACUAGAAUCAAAGGUGGAGGCAGCAAAGGCGAGUGAAAAAAUCAAAGAAAUAAUCCAGAUUAAAACAGUGGUUGAGCCAAUUCUCGAGGUAAGAAUGGAGGCUGUAAAGGAGAGCAAAAUAGAGGAAAUUCCAGUUAAGAUGGAUAGUGAGAAAAUGGAAGAAAUCCAGACAGCACUUUUGCCCAUUCCAGAAGUAAAGCUGGAGGAUGUAAAGGAGAGUGAGGAAAUGAAUGAAAUCAUGUCAGCCAGUAAAACAGAGGAGGUUAAACAAAAGCUAGAAGUAACAAUGGCGGUAGUAAAGGAGGGUGAAACAGUUGUUGAGAUCCAGGUUAAAACAGAAGAGGUUGUAGAUGUAAAGAAAGAGGGAGACAAAGUUGUAGAGGAGCAGAUGUUAAAGGUCAAUAAGGAGGAACAACAGACAGAAACCCCCCCCAAGGAUGAAAUUCAGCCUGUGAAGUGUGGGAAGGAGAGUCUGCUGGACCUCUUGGGGGCCAUGAAGGUCGAGGUGACCAACAAAAGGAAGUUUAAGGCCUUAAAGGUGCAGAGGACCUCUGAGACUGCUGCCAGGCCCGUGCCAGCAGCUAUGGAGAGCACCACCAGUAUGUUCCAGGAGGCCACUGGCAUGGCUGACGUACCAGCACCUGCCCCAAGGUGCAGUGCGACACUGAGCCCUGAGCUGGUUGCUGCUGUCUCUGCUGCUGCAGCUACUUUACCUGACCAAAGCCAGGCUGAGUCAGAGCUGCUGAAGAAGCUGAGGCAACAUGAAGCUAUCGGAGAGGCACAGAAGAACGGGGACGUCAACAACAUUGGGGUUAUCAUUGCUGACAUGAAGGUGGGGAAGAAGUUCAACGGCAGGCAGAACGCCCGGCCGGCCAAUCAGAUCCGCUUUGAUGAAGAUGGGAGGGGCUACACCCAUGAUAGAGGCAUCACUGCAGAGUUGGAUGGUGGAUUACGGAGGAGGAGAAGUCUAUUUUCAGGGAAAAGGCUGAACAUCUUCACCCCGAGCACUGAACCGGAGGCAGACACAGAUAUAGCUGUUCCGACCCUAUGGGACAUGGAGUUAGCCAAUCAAGUGGCCCUGUCAACCAAUCAAAUGCCUCGUAAUGGCUUUGAGGAGAUGAUCCAGUGGACCAAAGAGGGCAGGCUGUGGCAGUAUCCAAUUAACAAUGAGGCUGGUCUUGAGGUGGAGGCCCAGGUGCCCUUCCAUGAGCACGUGUUCCUGGAGAAACACCUGGAGGAAGGCUUCCCACACCAGGGACCUGUCAGACACUUCAUGGAGCUGGUGGUCUCAGGCCUGGCUAAAAAUCCCUACUACACAAUACAGCAGAAGAGAGAACAUAUAGCCUGGUUUAGGGACUACUUUCAGCAGAAAGAGGAGGUCCUCAAGGAGGCGGAGGUUUACCUCAACUGAACUGUGUUGGCAAAAUUUAAGAGAAACACAGUCUUUAAGUCAUUUAUGAUCACACAAAUGCUAACGUGCGAUUUAAGGGUUGUAGACUCCUAUGGCAUGACAGCCUUGUCUCAGGGCUAGGGUGAUCAGUAUACUAAAACAAUAAUGACAGACACACACCCCUCCUGAAAACUGUCACUCAAGAGAUUGGAUGGUAUUUUCCCAUGAGAGAACCAAUGGAGAUCGUUAACAGAGACCCUGGUAUAGCCCUUAAUCGGAUACACCAUGUAUUGCUUUGGUUGUUCAGAGACUCUUUUUAACUAUACACACCGUGUCGUUUAUCUACCUUGACAAUUCCACUGUUGGUGUCUGAUCAAGGAGAAGUACACUGCUCAAAAAAAAUAAAGGGAACACUAAAAUAACAUAUCCUAGAUCUGAAUGAAUGAACUAUUCUUAUUAAAUACUUUUUUCUUUACAUAGUUGAAUGUGCUGACAACAAAAUCACACAAAUUAUCAAUGGAAAUCAGAUUUAUCAACCCAUGGAGGUCUGGAUUUGGAAUCACACUCAAAAUUAAAGUGGAAAACCACACUACAGGCUGAUCCAACUUUGAUGUAAUGUCCUUAAAACAAGUCAAAAUGAGGCUCAGUAGUGUGUGUGUGGCCUCCACGUGCCUGUAUGACCUCCCUACAACGCCUGGGCAUGCCCCUGAUGAGGUGGCGGAUGGUCUCCUGAGGGAUCUCCUCCCAGACCUGGACUAAAGCAUCCGCCAACUCCUGGACAGUCUGUGGUGCCACGUGGCGUUGGUGGAUGGAGCGAGACAUGUCCCAGAUGUGCUCAAUUGGAUUCAGGUCUGGGGAACGGGCGGGCCAGUCCAUAGCAUCAAUGCCUUCCUCUUGCAGGAACUGCUGACAUGAGGUCGAGCAUUGUCUUGCAUUAGGAGGAACCCAGGGCCAACCACACCAGCAUAUGGUCUCACAAGGGGUCUGAGGAUCUCAUCUCGGUACCUAAUGGCAGUCAGGCUACCUCUGGCGAGCACAUGGAGGGCUGUGCGGCCCCCCCAAAGAAAUGCCACCCCACACCAUGACUGACCCACUGCUAAACCGGUCAUGCUGGAGGAUGUUGCAGGCAGCAGAACGUUCUCCACGGCGUCUCCACACUCUGUCACGUCUGUCACAUGUGCUCAGUGUGAACCUGCUUUCAUCUGUGAAGAGCACAGGGCGCCAGUGGCGAAUUUGCCAAUCUUGGUGUUCUCUGGCAAAUGCCAAACGUCCUGCACGGUGUUGGGUUGUAAGCACAACCCCCACCUGUGGACGUCGGGCCCUCAUACCACCCUCAUGGAGUCUGUUUCUGACCGUUUGAGCAGACACAUGCACAUUUGUGGCCUGCUGGAGGUCAUUUUGCAGGGCUCUGGCAGUGUUCUUACUGCUCCUCCUUGCACAAAGGCAGAGGUAGCGGUCCUGCUGCUGGGUUGUUGCCCUCCUACGGCCUCCUCCAUGUCUCCUGGUGUACUGGCCUGUCUCAUGGUAGCGCCUCCUGCUUCCUAAGUGGACAGUUUGAUUUCCAGAAGUGUGAUUGACUUGGAGUUACAUUGUGUUGUUUAAGUGUUCCCUUUAUUUUUUUGAGCAGUGUAUAUAGCAAACGCGUUGUGUGCUUCAGAUGGAUCCGUCCUCGUGCUGUGCAAUUUUUAAGAAUAACUAUUACAUACAUUUAAUUGACACAUUGAACUCGGCACUGCAAGAUUUAGCUUCAAAAUAGCUAUUGUUAUUGAAAUAAACACUGUUUUCAAAGUCUUGUUUGCUGCUAGGAUUUCUUUUAAGACAGGUGAGACUCUUAAGUGUUUUUGUGUUCCUGUGAAAUUCUCGGAAAACAUUAUUACCCGGUCAAUAAGAAAUUAUUUUAAAAAGGGCUUGAUCGGUUUUGGCCUUAGUAACCUCACUGUAAGCCAAACAGGAUAGAGGGAGAGUGUUUUGUAGAAUGUUUUUAAUAGAAAGGCCUUAAGGUUAAGAGAAUAAAAACAUUCUCCUUUACAAUUGUUGUGUGAAAUGUUCCUAUAAACAAUUUCACAGCGUUAGUUUCCUAUCCUGGGAUCACGAUGGAUGUUGUUUUUCCACAGGUCUCAGGUCAGCAGUGAAAUCAGUGUUAAUGUGUCCCAAAUGGCAACCUUGUCCCUAUAUAUAGUGCACUACAUUUGACCAGGGCCUCUAUGGGCUAUGGUAAAAAAAAUAGUAUAUCCUAAAUUUACACAGGACUUCUAAGUUUCCCGAUGCCAAAUUGCUUUUAGUCGUAUAUAUUUACUCAGUCAUUGCGACAUUAUGUUCACCCGUAAAAAGUUUUUACAGGAAAGGGGGGUUAGGAGGGUGAAAAAAACAAUGAAAGCAAAUACCUACUAAUUACGGUCUUGUUCUUGAAAACACUUAGCAGUUCCAUUGUGUGACACGAUUGGAAGAAUGAUAGCACUUGGCACAUGAUUCAAUGAAAGGGAGUUGCUUUGUGUCCUAAAGUAAAUUUAUCCCCAAAUGUUAUAAUUAUAUAUACAAAUUAUACAAAUAAUAUUAUACCUUAGGAGGCUGAAUAAUUUGUAAGAUAUCUAUUUGACUUUUAAAAGACUGCAAACAAAUGUUGCAUCGCUCUUCUUAGGGUGUAAUGUUAUUUACCAGGGUUGGGGUCAAUUCCAUUUAAAUUCAGAAUGUAAACUUACUUCAAAUUGGGUAAAUUCAUUAGAAUUGAAUCACUUUUGACAGCAUCACUUUUGAUUUAAAUGAAACUUCACAUAGGAAAACAUCUAUGGAAGAAGUGGUCAGAAUGUGGCUUUUUGAACCUGAAUGCCAAAACAUUCAGGUCAUAAGUGCUGGUCUUCAUUAUUGGAAAAUACAAAAGGUUGAGUUUAAUAUAAUUUAUAAGAUUAUCAAGUGUUGUCAAAUUAUUUUAUUUAUUGAAGACCGUGUUUUAUUUUUACAAAAUGUAAACUUUAAUGUCAAUUAACUAAUCUGUGUAUGCAUUUUUAGUUUUCUUCUCAUAUUCGCAUAUGUUGUAGCUUAGACCCUAUUUUACAUCUGAAGUUUUUCCGUUGUGCCCGCCAUUGGUUGAGUCAACUUGUUCAUGAAUACAGGGUGUCAUUAAACUCAUAGAAAUACAA